AUGACGCUGACAGUCAUUGGUCUUUUUACCUUGUUUACCAGCAUCUUCGCCACCACGCCUGCUAGAGAGUUUGUAUCUCUGGCAGAAAGAGAAGAUGCUCUGCUCAGGGACUUGUUUCAGGGGUACCAGCGUUGGGUCAGGCCCAUUCUGCACGCAAACCACACUGUGAAGGUGCGCUUUGGCUUGAAGAUCUCUCAGCUUGUGGACGUGGAUGAGAAAAACCAGCUCAUGACCACUAAUGUAUGGCUGUAUGAGGAAUGGCUGGAUUAUAAACUGCGCUGGAACCCUGAGAAUUAUGGUGGGAUCACAUUUAUCAGAGUCCCGUCAGAGAGCAUCUGGCUCCCAGACAUCGUUUUAUAUGAAAACGCAGACGGACGUUUUGAAGGCUCGAUCAUGACCAAAGCCAUCGUGAGAUACAAUGGCCUGAUCACCUGGACUCCUCCCGCCAGCUACAAAUCUGCCUGCACCAUGGACGUGACCUUCUUCCCGUUCGAUCGGCAGAACUGCUCCAUGAAGUUCGGCUCCUGGACCUACGAUGGAAACAUGGUGGAGCUAGUCCUUGUUAACCAUCAGGUGGACCGAAGCGACUUCUUUGACAAUGGCGAAUGGGAGAUUCUCAGCGCGACAGGGCACAAAGGCAGCCGACGGGACGGUCAUUACUCCUACCCCUACAUCACAUACUCAUUCAUCCUAAAGCGCCUUCCUCUUUUCUACACGCUCUUUCUUAUCAUCCCGUGUCUGGGUUUGUCUUUCCUGACCGUUCUGGUUUUCUACCUUCCCUCGGACGAAGGAGAAAAAGUCUCUCUAUCCACCUCCGUCCUGGUGUCGCUCACCGUCUUCCUUCUCGUCAUCGAAGAAAUCAUUCCGUCUUCCUCUAAAGUGAUCCCUCUGAUCGGAGAGUAUCUGCUUUUCAUCAUGAUCUUCGUGACACUCUCCAUCAUCGUGACGGUGUUUGUUAUUAACGUUCACCAUCGCUCUUCAGCCACGUAUCAUCCCAUGUCUCCGUGGGUUCGUACUCUGUUCCUCCAGCGGCUGCCGGAUUUGCUGUGUAUGAGGGGAAACACCGACCGCUACCAUUACCCGCAGAUGGAGCCCCAGAGCCCUGAUCUGAAGCCCAGGAGCAAGAAAGGGCCACCUGGGCCUGAAGGAGACGGUCAGGCGCUGAUCAACAUGCUGGAGCAGGCCACUAACUCUGUGCGCUACAUCUCACGGCAUAUCAAGAAGGAGCAUUUUAUUAGAGAGGUUGUACAGGACUGGAAGUUUGUAGCUCAGGUUCUGGACAGGAUUUUUUUGUGGGCUUUCCUCACCGUCUCUGUGCUCGGCACCAUCCUGAUCUUCACUCCUGCGGUGAAGAUGUUUCUGAGCACUCCUCCACCUCCGUCUCCUUAA